AUGUUCCUCCUCUCAGCUUUGGCUGUAGCUGUAUUGCUGUUUUCCGCUUGGAGAUGGAAGUGGCGAUAUGCCACAAAGGCAAAGCUUGCGGUCGCCAGCUCCCAGGAGAAGUCAGAUGAAAAGACUGAUAUAAAACCGUUGAAAGAUUUUGACUGGCAGAAUGUUGAUCCUGCCAAGCACCGGCCAUUCAAGCCAGUCUAUCAUAUUACCAUGGCCAUCCACGCAAGCCCUCCUGAAGACCUCAUCAUUAUAGAUAACAACUAUCUUGAACGAGUUACUGAGCGUCGGCAAAUCCUAGAGAAGCAUAGGUCAAUGGUGGCGGGCGCUGUCCCAGAAGGCAUACCUGCUCUCCAUGAGACCUGGACUUAUCUGCUGUCAGAGUAUCUGCCAAAACGGUAUCCAACUAUGUUCUCCUUAUCCGAAGACAUGACUGAAUUCCAUAAUCACGUCACGAACACAUCGCUACCCCUCACGCCGCCGGAGGACCCGGUGGCUGCGCUAAAGGCUCUGGGAGAGACCGUGGAAGACGAUAUGUUCUUGCUGGUUGAGACAACAGAAGGCCAUCGUGCUGUGGCAUUCGUUUGCUGUCAUCCCGCCGGAUUCGACCCUUCCGAUAAGCUAGGGAAGCUGAUGAAGGACAUCCAUACGCCCGUACCCUCAUACGAAAAGAUUGGUGGCAGCAUGGAACGUUUCUUCAGUCGAUUGCAGGUCGGAAAGAGCUUCAAGCGGAUGAACUGGUCUGUCUCGACCCACGACAACCUUUUCAGUCCAGGCAAUCUGCAUAUCUACGAAGGCGACAAGACAGAAGAGGAUGAGGAUGUUGACAUUACAAAGGCUCGUUUACGCCAAGAACUACAAACCUUGACCAGGCUUCCCAGGACCGGGGCGAUCCUGUUCUCAUUCAAGACGUAUCUCACGCCUAUAGAAGAGGUGAAGAAGGAGGGGUUCGGGCCUGUGCUCGCUGAUGCCAUAGAAGGUCUGAAGACCGGCAAUGCGCCUGGCAUGUGGGUAUACAAAGGGGCAUCGCGUUGGGGAAAGAGUGUCUGUGAGUACCUUCGGUCGUGA